ACAAUUUAUUAGGGAGAAAGAGAAAGCGGCGCAGCGGCUGAGGUUCUUCGAGUUAGGGAAGUUGCAGUCAUGGGAGCUUUGCCUCCGGCGCCUCAUUGGCUUCCGCAAGACGAUUUUUUGCUUAAGAAUGCCGCCGAGGCGGGUGCUUCACUACAGUCGCUUGCUAAAGGUGCUGUGCAGUUUUCUCGGCGAUAUACUGUUCAAGAAUUGCAAGAUAGAUGGAACUCUCUUCUUUAUGAUCCGUUUGUUUCUGAACGGGCGUCAACUGAAAUGGUCCAGCUUGAGUGCUCUUUUGCAAUAUCAAAACUUAAUAGGUUUGAGAAUGACAAAGACAUUAAAUCUGUUUCUGGAAAGAGAAAAACUGAGAGCGUUAGAAGCUGCUACUAUUCUAUGCGGAAGAGAGUCUGUAACGAAGCAUACCCUUCGAUGGAUAUGAAUUUUCUUACUGGGUCCAGUAAUAUGAGUGUGCCUCUACUAACAGACUGUGUAUUUGAAGAUUCAUUGGCAGAUCCAUUUGGUGACCAACAGUCGGGAUUUGAUUUCAUCGAUAAUGUAUUUCCUGAUUUUGAGGCUGCUCAUACAAAUGCUACUGGAGGUGUUGUAGAUGCUACCUUUUUUGCAAUGGAACACAAUGAUCACUUCAUAAAUAGCAUCAACGUGCCCGAGAAUGUUUCUGUCACCGGGUCUGAGAAUGUUUCUGUCACCGGGCUCGAAGUCCCGGUCUUAAAUUCACCGGUUUCAGAUUGUGGCAAGUCAUUUCAAACAUUUGGACAUUCGCCGUCUUCUCAGAUGCCAGGCUGGACUCCAAUUGAGGGAACUUCACCGGUUCUGCAUAACUUUCAACUACCCAAGAAAGAGCCGGAAAUGGUAAAUGAUUUCACGCUUCCUGUUGAUGGUGGUGGAAAUGAAUUGAAUACACCUGCAUAUGGUAUUAUUCAAUCAGAACCGAAUGUGGAGGACCAAGUACCAGGUGACGGGGGAAUUUCUACUCCUAUCCCUGAUGAUCUCUUAGCAAAAAUCGAUUCUAUUCUCAACUCGUCAAUUGAGGAUGACAUGUUUCCCAUGGAUUAUAUUGGAAACGAGAUAAUUAAUGAAUCUUAUUUGGAUACUUAUGGAUCACUCCUAUUGGAUUCUCCAAGUGCUGAACAAAUAGCCAACGACAGCUUACCUCUAGUAUUAGUUGUUCCAGACGAAAACCUUAAUGUUGCUCAGCCCAAAGAAUCAGCUGAAAAGUAUCAAUACCAUUGUGGUGAUCGGUAUGUAGUUCAUGGUUCAGAGGUUCAAAUGCUAUCGUCUGCUCUAAGUGUCAAUCCCGCAUAUCCUGAACUGCGCAAUGGAGUUAUAUGCUGCACGCUAAACACUGAAGACCCAGAUAUUCCGAGCAAUGAUGAUGUUUUCCUUCCCAUCUGGAUGCCAUCAACAUCGUUACCCUCUAUGAAGCAAUGGAAAUAUGAUGCAACUUUUCAAUCAACAUCCUCCUCCCUUAGAAAUGCUUUGAAUAACCACACAAACAAUAAUGGAUGGUCUGUCCCGAAGAAGAGGGAACAAAUUAAUAAUGAACAAUCUUAUAUGUCUUCUCAAAAGGUUGAAUUGUUGCAACAUUCAGGAAAGGGUCUAAACCGUUCUGCCAGUGAUUGUGGGGUUAGUUAUGAGGUACCUAAUAGUGGCACUGGAAACGUGAUAAGAAGGAAUACAAGCUCAAAUGAAGGUCCGAAGCUAGUGACUUCACCGAGAAUAACUACAAUAUGUGCCCUGCCUGUACCAUCUAAGGAAACAGUUGCGCAAAGUGAUCAUGCAAAGAACCUCAAUUGUAACCGCGAUCCCCAUCCACUCACAUAUCCUAACCCUCUGUGCUUGCAGAAGAAGACUGUUACCGUUAAGCACGAGCUAGAUUCUGCUGAUAAUCUGCAAAAGAAUGAACCAUUUUGUGUUGAAAUGGUCUCUACAAAAGCAACAAUCCCAGAGUCAAGCGCAGAGGCUUUACUGUUGGAGCAAGAAGAUGUGCCCGGUGAUAGCGAUGAGGACAUACCUCACUUUUCAGAUGUUGAAGCAUUGAUCCUUAACAUGGACCUCAGCCCCGAUGACAAAGACAUCUGCUUUCAUAAGGAAGUUGCAAAAUAUCAACACCAGCAGACUAAAAGAACAAUCAUGAGACUGGAGCAGGGCGCCGAAGCUCAUAUACAAAGAGUGAUUGCAGCUCAAGGAGCGUUUGCUGUUUUGUAUAGCCGCCACUCAAGUCAUUUUAUUAAAAAACCAGAGGUUUUGCUUGGGAGGGGAACUGCGGAGGCAAAAGUUGACAUUGAUUUGAGCGGAGAAUGCUGUGGCAAUAAGGUUUCCCGGCGGCAGGCAAUUAUAAAGAUCAACGAGGAUGGAGUUUUCCAUUUGCAAAAUGUUAGCAAACAUUUGAUCCGCGUCAAUGGCAAAGAAAUAGUGCAAAACCAAAGUGUGCAUCUUACAUCGAGUUCUUUGAUUGAGGUAAGGGGGUUGGCGUUUGUAUUCGAGACGAACCACAGCCGGGUAAAGCAAUUUGUCGAUGGGAUGAGACGAGGAACCAUGUUCAAGGAAAACGAAGAUUGAAAAGCUGCUCGGCAUGCCCUGAGAAGUGCCAGGUUUUUCGUCGCACUUCCAGCGCUUAAGCUAGAUUGUCCCCUUCCUUUCUCCCUGCUAACUCUCUUGAAUGUGUAAAGAUAGAAGUUUUCUGUGUAAUCAGUAGGAAAAGUACUCUGCACUAUUUAUUUAAUUUUUUUAUGGGGGUCAAAACUACACUUAUCCUUUUAUAAAUAGUACUAAUUUCAAGUUCUGUUAUCCUGUGAAAUUUUCAAGUGGAAAUACCCAAAAAAAAAAAAAAAAGAAAAGAAGAAAGAGCAUGGCUUCAAGCUAUGUGGAAUUGUACUCAGCAGGCUUGCAUCUUUGGUUCUAUAGUCAUCAUCUUUGGAUCUACCACACAGGAGAUGUAAACUGCAAAUUGUAUUAGAAAGAUUCUAUGUAAAAUGCUCGAUUAAAAAGGUGUUAGUAAGAAUUGAAUUUGUGAUUUUCAGG